UGCAGGAUGAGAAGAUUACUUGGAAUACUUGUACUUUUGAAAUAUUGCAUUUGCGGUGAUGUGGUGAACUUUGAUUCAGACAUCAAGGAUUUUGUAGUUGGUAACGGUAAGUUAUUUGUUCUUACUGACCAUCGACUACAUCAGAUGAGCCACGAUCUUUCUGAGGAGAAGAGGAAAAUAAUCACUAAUGCCACUGAAUACAGAGUCAACAUUCUGGUGCCUUUUGACGCCAACAACACCCUGAUAACGUGUGGGACUUUUAAUGAUGGAUAUUGUGAAGUUCUUGAUAUAAAUGACAUUACAAACAGCAUUUACUAUGAAAGUAAUAUACUGAUAGGACCGCGACAGGAUGAGAAAUAUGUUGCCUUCAUAGCCGGUACAGGUAGCAGUAGGUACCUUUUGGUUGGGAAAAAAGACGACGAUACAAAAGCUCAAGAUGCCAGAUAUUCUGUUGUUACCUUGUGGAACACUUUACAGUCUCAGUAUGGUGGGAUUUUCUCAAAAAUAGCAGAAGGAUCAGAUGCCAGCAUUCAGAGCACUGUGAGAGAUGUGGAGUUUGUUGGCGGAUUCCAGAGAGUUUCACCCUCAGAAUCCUACUUAUUUCUCAACGCAAAGACUGGCUCAGAGAGGAAAGUGCUCGUCCUGUGGAUGAACAGCUCUAAAGGAAAAAAGAGAGACAUCAUCAAAUCCCUACAGGCUGCAACGAUACGAUGCUGCAGUGAUAAAGCUCGUCCAGUGCUCGUCGCCUGCACCGUUAUUCCCUCAGUGAACAGCGUUAUUUGGGCAGGUGUGUUCAGUGCGCAGAAUCAGCAGGAUCCGGAGAACAGCGCGCUGGCUCUGUACGACAUCAGGAGCAUUCAAGGCCGAGUGAAGGGCUUCUGCGCUUAUGGUGAAAACCCAUGUGGUUCAGAGAGUGAUACUGAACUUCAGCCGCUGUCUGUGGUGUUCAAGCACAGCUCAAUGUCAGCAGUGGCAGCAGUUAGAAGUGGAUCCUGGAUUGUGCUGUUCAUAGGAACCAGUGAUGGUCAACUCAUAAAGAUCUGCUUUAUAUUUUAUUUUUCACUACUUAUGUUAGAUGAGAAAUUCACACCAGGAUGUCCAACAGUGCUGUUCAGAUCUGAUGAUAAACGAGCAGUGCUUCCCAGAAUGCACUUUGAUCCAGUAGAUUUCAAAUAUAUCUACAUUGCUCUGAGGAAACGGGAUGUGUGGUUUCACUCCCAUCCUUAUGAUCGCAGUGGUCUGUUUAGAUUGUUGUUAAAUGUUCAGAACUCUGCUGUGGACUGUGUGGAUUAUUUUUCCUACAAGUCUGAUCCGGAAUUCACUGAAUUUAUCACCUCAAAGGUGGCCAAUGAUCUACAGGUGAACAUUCAGAAAAAGGCAGAUAUGUUGAAUUUGAGUAUGAGUGAGGUGACUGUGACGGGUCUACAGGGAGAUCGGCAGUAUCUGUGUGUUUUGGAGAAGAUUGAGUCCAAUGCCGUCAUCUGUAAGAUUAAAGGAGCCUUCCCAGCAGUGGACUCACUCACUAUCACGGUUGGGAAUUAUGUUCUUGGGAUGAGUGGUACAAAGUAUCUGUUCUGCCUCAGUCCACAGGAUAUAACUGGCCGCGAAUGA